AUGCAGUACGCACUCACCGCCGUCGCUUUCGCGGCCGUCGCCAUGGCCAUGCCACAGGGCAAGGCACCACCAAUGCCAGCCAGCUCCGAGUGCCAGGCAAGCUACCCGGGCACCUUCCAGAUCCAGGUCGUCAACGUCACCUCCAGCUCGAACAUGGUCAAGCGCCAGGACCAGAGCGGUACCCUCAGGCUCACCCUUAACAACGGUGUGCUCAAGGACGAGCAGGACCGCACCGGAAACAUCGUUGCCAACAACCAGUUCCAGUUCGACAAGCCAAUCCAAGACAACGCAAAGAUCACCGAGGGCUGGGCUGCCUGCCCCAACGGCACCCUUGUGCUCGGCUCCGACGCUGUCUUCAAGCAGUGCUUGAGCGGUAACUUCUACAACCUGUACGAUGAGAACGGUGCCGGCCAGUGCAACGAGAUCUACAUCCAGAUCAUCAAUGGUGGUGGUGCCGCUUCCGCCGCCCCAUCUGCCACCUCUGCCGCCAGCGUCACCCAGAUUGGUGACGGUCAAGCACAAGCUGCCACCUCCGCUGCUCCAGUCACUCAGAUCGGUGACGGCCAAGUUCAGGCAUCUACCGGCGCCGUCCCAGUUACCCAGAUUGGCGAUGGCCAGAUCCAGGCCCCAACUGGCUCCCCAGUGACCCAGAUCGGUGACGGUCAGAUCCAGGCCCCAACUGGCUCCCCAGUGACACAGAUUGGUGAUGGUCAGAUCCAAGCACCAACUGGUGCCCCAGUCACUCAGAUCGGUGAUGGUCAAAUCCAGGCCCCAACCAACGGCACCUCAAGGCCCAUGCCAUCCGUCCAGCCAUACACUGGUGCCGCCGCCAUCCCAACUGCCGUCGGCAGCGCAUUCGGUCUCGCCAUCGGUGCCGUCGCUAUGGCCAUGCUCUAA